AUGAGCUCGAGCAAGAGCAAGAGAGCGGAUCCCAUUGGCAAGCGGAAGGUCGACCAAGGCACAAAUCGACAGCAUGUUCAAGACGAUGAUGAAUCGCGUGCCCAACAGUUGGCUCAACUCGAAGCAUUAGGAAAUGCGUUCAUGUCCUCGUUUGAUCUACCAUCGGCAAGUAGUUCAACAGCGAUGGAUUCAGAGGAAACGUCGUCGGAGAAGAAGCGACUAUCGAGCAAGAAACGCAAACGGCUCGCCGAGCAGCAAGCUCCUACAGCGCAAGAAGAGGUUGAUCUAGUAGCAAGAGAGCAAGACGAAAUGGACGUUCUCUUUGGAACCAAAACCAACCCUUCUUCCACGUCGAAUGAGGCUGCAAGCAGCUCAAAGCAGUUCGGCAACAGCAAGAAGAAAGUGCCUAAAUCGAGGACUGUAGAGACAGUCGUCUUUGGCGGUGAGACACGUCCCGAUGCUGACGAGCUAAAGGACGCCAAGAAGGGGUGGAAGGCUUUCAUGUCGUCCAAGAUCGACAAGAUUGCCACCGAGGACCAAGCUGCGGCUACUAAAUUGACCACGGCAGAGGAAGAGGAAGAAAAGCAGCUGGUGGCCAAUGAUCGACUGCUCUCGGAAUUGCUCUCGACAACACUCUUUGCACCAGGCACAGGCAACACAUCGAAAGGGAAAUCCAAUCUAUCCUCCAACGACACGAUUGCCCGGAUCAUGGAACUCUCGGCCUCCGACACACAGCGAAAAGGUCAAGCGAUCGGACGAGGAUGGGGCGAAAACGAACUGAAGCGUCAGCAGCUCUCAAAGGCUCCUGCUGCCAUCAGGCAGGGCAUGCGAAAGGCGGCGGGAGAGAGGAGAGACAAGGAAAGAGAGAAGGCCAAGGAGCUGGGCACAUGGCAUCCUUCGCUGAAGCAGGCGUAUUCGAACCAGGCUACGGCUACGGAGAUGGGCCUCAAGAAAGACACCAGGAAACGCCAGCGUGGAUUGGGGAUGGGCAUUGGGAAGUUUCAAGGAGGUAUGCUCAAGCUGUCUUCGCAAGAGAUCUCCAAGGUCAAUGCCAAGUCAGGCUCGUCGUCGUCCAAGGGUGGCAAGGGUGGCAAGGGUCGACGCAAGUAG